AUCAAAAAAUUAAUACUAAUAGAACCUAAAGACUAAACGAAUUCGAACUAACUCAUGGUUAUGAUUGUGUGAAAAAUGGCGAACGCUUAUUCAGAAACGCCCCCGGAACAAGUCCACUCAAAAAGUAUUAUUGUUAUCCAUCCCGGUUCAUUGAAUUUGCGCAUCGGAAGGGCCUCCGAUCUUAACCCUCUAACCGUUUUACAUGCCAUUGCUCGUAGAAGGCGCCCCGGUGGUAUUCCUUACGCAGAUGACUUUCUACCGCAAAGAAUCGACUUGAAUCAACCUCGAGAGUUCGACGAAGCUCGUCUUGCAGUUUCGCACACUUUACAGUCUUGUCUUCAGUCAGAUGGCAGGAGGAGGUAUGCUACGCCACCACAACAAAUCGCCGCCUUCAACAGACGCACACAACCCGAACAGUUAUCAGAUAACGGAGGUGAAUGGAUGAAAUUCGAAGGAGAUAUGGUGGUUGGAAACGAUAUAUUCCGACUGAACCCAGAAGAAAAUUUCAACAUUCACUUUCCAUACAAACGUGGUGACUUUAACAUCCACCCGGGUCCGAGCGGAUCCAUGACAGCAGUGUUAGCCGACUUACAGACCAUCUGGACCUACAUCCUAGAGAACCACUUCCAAAUUAGCUCGAAAGAUUUCAAGUCUCACAAGGCGGUAUUGAUUAUCCCUGACGUGUAUAACCGGACUCAUCUCAGAGAGCUGAUGUACUUACUACUAUCGAAAAUGGGUUUCGGUAGUUGUUUCCUUGUUCAAGAUCAUGUGGCCGCAACUUUCGGCUCAGGUUUAAGCUACGCGUGUGUUGUGGAUGUGGGUGAUCAAAAGACGUCGGUGUCGUGUGUCGAAGAUGGUAUUUGUCAUCCGAACACCAGAGUUCGUUUGGAAUACGGAGGGGGAGAUAUUACUCAGAUUUUCUAUUGGUUAUUACAAAAAUGUGCGUUUCCUUACAAAGAGUGCAAUGACAAAAACAAAUUGGAUACUAUGUUGCUGAGGAAACUGAAGGAGGAUUUCUGCCAUGUCAAUUUGGAUAUAUGUGGCUCACAGGAGAAAACGUUUAUUUUAAGACAACCCGGAAAGCCUGUCUUACAAUAUACUAUUCAAGUUGGUGAUGAGUGUAUCGUAGCUCCUCUGAGCCUUUUCACCCCUGAAUUGUUUGGAAUAACCGGGCAAAAAGUAACGCACACUCAGAAAAUCUCCACCGGCGAUCCCGAGGAUCCGCACGAUGAAAAUUACUUGAGGGACAUCCGUCGAAAGGGUAUAAAGGAGAAUCUAGAACCAUCAGCGUCGGACCUACUUAGUGAAAACUUCCUGGAAACGCAGCCCAGUAACGUGAACGACGACGACAUCGUCGUGGACGCGAUGGAUCCAGUCGCGCCCAGUAAUGUUCGGGAAUUUGUGAUAAAUCCGGGUCAAAUUUUAGGUCUGGAUCAGGCCGUUUUGCAAAGUAUCGACCGUUGUCCGAACGAGGAGCUGAAACGUAAAAUGUACGCGUGCAUCUUGGUGGUGGGCGGCGGUAUGAAGUUUGCGGGCAUCACGACUUGGCUCCAGAACCGGAUUUCCCUACAGAUUCCCUACCUUUACAGGGCGGAACAGUUAGAUAUCAUUAUAAAUCCGAGAGAGAUGGAUUCGGCAAUGGUUGCAUGGAAGGGCGCUUCCAUCAUGUCGUGUCUGGAAACUGCGCACGAAUUGUGGAUUAUGGCUGCGGAAUGGGAGAAAUAUGGCGUUAGAGUGUUAAGGGAAAGAGCUCCGUUCACGUGGUAGGCCAUUCGGUUGUUGGUGACUAAUUCGACCUAGUGUAAUUGUGAUGAACGUAAUCAUAUCCCAUUGCACUUAAGAAUAAAGUAUGCUUUACAAACUCUCAUCAGUUACAAAAUGUUCCUAUUUUAUCUAAUGCUUUAUUCUUAUUUGGAAUGGAUCAUAAAAAUGUUUCGUACAUUUUGUCUUUGCAAAUCAAUCAGCAACUCAAUUCUUUAACAUUUAGUGGCUGUUCUUAUAAUUUUAUUUUUUUGUUUUUUUAUUUUUAAUAUAUAUAUAUACUGAAAUCAAGCUGUAUAUCCUUAAAAAGUAUUGUUAUUUGUUCUUUUCCAUGUAGGAAUUUUAAAAUUUGUUUAUGUUUAUUACUUCACUGUUAAAAAUUAUUUUAUAUGACAAAUUAUAUUGUAUAAGUAAUAUAUAAUGUGUUAGAUAUGGAUAUAAUUAAUUACUUUGGUAACCAAGAAUGUCUAAGUUUUUCAGUUCAGUUAUCUUAUGUAUUAACAUGCUCUUAAAUAUGCUAAAGUAAUUGAUUAUGAACAUUUCUAAAUGUAAGGAAAAAAAAAAGAAUUUUCAUGUAAUUGUAUUUUUAAGAUAAUAUAUAGAAAUUGUACACAAAUAACGAAUAUAUUUUUAUUUUUU